AUUCUAAUACGGAAGUACGGUGUCUCUACCCCUAACUUGUUAUAGCCUGCGUUUUUUAGCGGCUAUCGGGCAAAAUUAAUGGUGCUAGAGUUGCUUUCAAUAAUGUAUCAUACAUGAUAUCUCUAUACCAUUUUAAUCAAAAAAUAAAUUUUUCUUAUCAAUUGCAAAAAAUUUAUCUUUUUAAGAAAUUUUAUUAUAAUCAACACUUUAUCGCUCUUCUAAUUUUACCAAGUUAUGAAUAACGUUAUCAACGGUGAUUCGCAUUUUGAAGUUGUUGAUUUCAGUUUACCUCAGGAAAGAAAUGUGGCAAAAAUUCACCCCGUUAGUGAGCCGAAUGUCUGUUCAAAUUGUCUUCAAGAGCAAUCUCAACAAUUCAAUCCGGAUUGUCACCUCUGUUUCCAAUUACUGUUAGAGCCGUCUACAUCAAUUUCGGAGAUUUUUGCCAUUCUUAGGCAAUGGAACUCGGAGAGUCAAUCUCGAAUUCUAUUACUGACAGAAGAAAUUCUAAAGAGGGGAGCACAUAUAAAUGAUAGAGACGGUUUAACUGAUAUGACACUCCUACACUAUGCUUCUAGGUCAGGCGCGGAGGGUGUUGGAAAUGUUGAAACCUCCUGCCAAACGGUACAGUUGGUCUUGGAGAGGGGCGCCGACGUUUAUAUCCGGUGUAGGUGGACUAAUAUGGCAGCUAUACAUUAUGCGGCCUUUUUUGAUGUUGCACCAGUGCUUCAGUUAUUGCUAAAAGCUUCUGAUAGCAUCGAUAUUGAUGCUCCUUGUUCUAUAUACGAAAACGGUGGACCACUACAUAUAGCAGCAAUAAACUUAUCAAUUGAAUGCGCUCGUUUGUUAAUUGCUAUGGGAGCAGAUUGUACCCUUAAAGACGAUUUAGGUCGCAUUCCCUUCAAUUGCAUUCCUGAAACGACGUCGGAGGAUCUUAAAGAAAAGGCGGAACGUUUACGACUCCUCCUUCGAGAAGCCAUAGCCCAAAUGAAUGAUAGAAUCCCUUCUAAAGUUACACUACAAUCGCUAGGUUUAAAAAUUGGCGACAAAGUCAUUGUCGGUGGGGUAAAGUCGGGAACCCUCAGAUUCUGCGGAACUACGCAAUUCGCUCAAGGAAUUUGGGCCGGUAUUGAACUCGAUGAGCCAGUCGGAAAGAACGACGGAAGUAUCGGGGGGGUGACGUAUUUUCACUGCUCCAAAGAAUAUGGUAUUUUCGCGCCUAUAUCCAAGAUUACGAAAUACAACGACGAAGCAAGAACUAAUUCCGCUUGUUCCAAUCGUAAAUCGAGCUGUAGCAGUAAUGUGCAAAGUUCAAAAUUAGAUGUUUCGCAUGUGACGGCUAAAGUAGAUACAGGUUUAAGAGUGGCUAGGUCAUACCCUCCUACGGAUUGUUAUAAAGUCGGUGAGAGAGUGAUAGUAGCGGGAAAGAAAAGCGGCACUUUAAGGUUUUCCGGAACAACAGAAUUUGCUUCCGGUUGGUGGUACGGAAUUGAGUUAGAUCAUCCGCUCGGAAGAAAUGAUGGUAGCGUUAAUGGGAAAGCUUAUUUUGUUUGCAAGCCGAAUUUUGGGGUUUUCGCACCUUCGUCAAAAGUAAAGAGGUUGUAUUGUUCUUUUGCAUCGAUCCAUCCAAUCCAAGUUUAUUUAAAUGUUUACAGAAUUGAACAAAUAACAACGCUCAAAGAACAAAACACCGAUUUAGGAUGUGAGUGAAUUGAUUACCUAGUCCAUAUACACAGGAUACAAAUUUUAUUAUAUAUAUAAUUGACAACUAAUACCUUAAUUACACUGUUUACACUAAAAGAUUCAUUUCAAAUCAGUUAUUUAUUUAUUUUAAAAUUUUAUCUAUUUUUAGACCCUUGUAAAUUAGGUCACUUAUUUCUUUAUAGCUGCUAAUAACUCAAGUCAAAAUAUGAAUAGAGGCAGUACUAUCAAGGCCAGACCGUCCUCUUUCAAGUAAGUACGGGAAAAAUUCCCUUUUCCUUGAUAAAAAUAAAUUAACACCCCUUCGCCCCCGGGCAAGAGUAGACAUCUGAUGAUUAGCUUGCGUACGGUGCCGGAAAAGUAGGCCUACGCCCACUAGCUGUCCGCGUGCCCCAAAUUGCCGGUCAAAUUUAAAUUUUUAUUACUUCUUUAUUCUUUUGAACAGAUCGAGAAACCCUUUUGAUACAAGUGCCGGCGAGAUGAAAGUACAAGAAGGCAUGACUGUUUUAUGUAAUAACGAAUUAGGUAUAAAAAUAAACUUGUAGUUAUAUUACAAGUAAUUGAUUAUUUCAAAGAUUGACUAACUUUCGAAAAAUUCUACUCUAUAUUUUCUUCUCUUUUUGCAUAUUUAAUCAACUUAUUUAGCAACUGUAAGAUUUAUUGGAGACGUUCAUUUCGAAGAUGGACUAUGGUUAGGAGUUGAAAUGAGAAAGCUAUCUGGACGUAACGACGGAAGUAUUCAAGGUAGACGCUAUUUCACAUGCAAAUCGGGCCACGGACUUUUAGUUAGGCCUAAUAAAGUGACAGUCAGAGGAAUUAAUGCCGCCAAUUUACCGCCUUUUAAUGAACAAUCAAAUUCGAACAAAUAGACAUUUAAAUUUUUACACCUGUAGACAAUUGGGAAAUUAGCUACUGUAAUAUACAACAUAUCCGUUCAAUUCAGGUCCGUUUUUUUUGCCACCAAUUCCACGUUUGCUUAAAUAAGUAAAAAAAUCCAUGAAGAUGUUUAUUACUUUCUCUUUAUUUUUUACACUUUUUGUUUGUUUUAUAUUCGUAAUUAAUUUAUUAUUUUUUUCUAUAUUUUCUCAUAUUUUUCUCUUGUUGCCGUUUUUUCUUUCUUUCUCUUCUUUUGCAGUGUUUGUGAACGAAAAAAAUCAAACAAAAUAUUGAAACAAAAAUAUCGUUUAAUGCACUUUUCUCUCAUUUUUUAUCGUUUUUUAUAAAUUCAAUGAAUUAAAUAAUAAAGUGAAAAAGUUUAUUUAAAAAUUAGUUAAUCUCUUGAACUUUAGUUCCACCUAGACAACAGCAGAAUAAUGUUGAUGAAUUACUAUCAGUUUCCUUUUCAAUUUUACCGCCAAAACCGAGUUUAAUAUUUGAAAUUCUUCGAAUUUCACCAUUUUCCGCUUGUUUCUUUAAAUGAGGAGGUACGGAUUUAGGUCUUGAAUUAUCAUCUUCUUGGUCGUUUAAAUCUACCAAAGAUAUUGUUUUCUCUGUUAAAAUAGAUACUUUUGAUUCGGAACGAGUAGUUUUAAUAUUUUCCGUCAUAACUUCGUU